ACUUGACAGCUCUCUUCAACAAGCAAUCACCUGAAGUUCCCUUAAACUAUCUCCUACGGUUACCAGCACCGGAGCUGUAACCCUCACCGGCUAGGGAAGGCUAAAUAUCUUUGGAGAUGUAUAUAAUCAGCUCUUCGUGGGGUUAUAUAAAGAAAUAAUUGUGUUUUUGGGAAGGGAAGAUUAACUUGCAAUGAUGAGCGGGUGGAAGGGGAAAGAGACCAAGAGGCGGUCAUGGGCUGUUCUUCAUGUUGAUAUACUUGGGUUAAUCAUGAAUCGUCUCUAUUACUUGGAUCAGAGGAAUUUCCUGUUGGUAUGCAAGAACUGGCGAAAAGUUAACACAGACAAUGUUAAAUCUGUUGAUAUACCGUGGAUUAUGGCCUUUAAUCGGUGCCUCUUUUACCUUUACAACCCUUUAUCCAGACGAAUAUACACCAUUUUAAGUGCAAGAGAAAGAGGAAUUCUUUUAACUGGAAGGCCUCUUGAUACAAAACAUGGUUGGGGGCUUUUCUUUAAUUCAACAGAAGAUCUUCGUAAAAACUAUUGGAGGAUGCUAACUGCUCUGUUCUUGUAUAGUCCUUUUACUGAUGAACUCAUUGACCUACCAGAUUUUUCUCAUAAGCUCGGACAGUUGUCAUCGUUCUCUUGCGUUAAAGGAACAUUCUCCACAGCUCCAGCUUCAUCAGAUUGUAUGAUAUUCUUGGUGAUGUCAUAUACUGAUAAGUAUUGUAUAGGAAUAUGUAGACCUGGAGACAGGAAGUGGACCGAGUUCUGGUUUGAUUGUUCUAAUCUAAUGGUGUCGGAUGUGGAGUAUAUGGAUGGAGUGUUUUAUGCUUCUUUUCCUGCAGAAGCAAUAGGUGCAUUCAACAUUGAGCAGAAGGAGUGGAAAACGUACUCUUAUCCUUUGAUAAAGGAUCAAUGUGGCUCGAUCAGUCACAGAUGAACUGGUGUCCAAUUGAGAGGUUUGAUAAUAAAGCACUGUUCUUGGGGGAUGCAUCCAUGAUGGUUCCAGUGGAGGAGGAGACCAAAGAAUUGGCAAAUACAGUAAGUUAUUUUGAAGAUGAGUAUAUCUCGCCAUCGCAACUCCCACGGAUGUACCAGUGCAAUUGGGGCAGGACAAUUUUGGAGCAGGUUUGGAUUCGACCUCCAUAAUCAAAAUGAUGGUUUUUCUC